AUUCUAACGAGUCUAAUUCACAACUUGGAGCAACAAAUGAGCCUAGCCUUGAUACAUGAUAAAUUCAAUGAUUAAAACCGUAGAAGGCAUGCUCUUUCGGAGUAGAAUUGGAUGGCGGAGUCGGAUCGUCGGAGUGUCGGCAAAACUGCCGAGAAAACUGCUGAAAUGCAGUUGAACCACCAAACGCCCGACCGGGCGAAAUUAGAAGGGAUAAUCGCCCGACCGGGCGAAAGGCUUCUGGAGGUAUCGUGGGGAAACGCCCGACCGGGCGUUUUGUGUCGUCAAUAAUCGCCCGACCGGGCGAACUUUCUGGAAUCCUCAUGCGUAACGCCCGACCGGGCGUUUUAGAAGCUCAGAAUCGCCCGACCGGGUGUUUCUUCUGCCUGCUAUUCUGACGCAUUUCCAGCUUCCAACACCCAAAACUACACUCAAAACACACUUUGAGUGGAAAGAGUUAUGCCUCGGACAACGACAGUCGAGAGUUCCGGCUGCCCUCCACUACGAGCCUUAACCUUUGACGUUCUCGGCCUCAUCAAAGUUGUAGAGGCACGUGGGGGGCAGAAUGGAGAUGCUGCUAAAGUGGUGGAACGAUGGGGCGAGCCAGACGCCUCCAAAUGUGUGCUUUCAGCUUCAAUUCUUGAUCGAGAGUCUCGUCCGCUGAUCGGUAUUGCAAGGAAAUCCGGAUCUGUUGAAAUUAUAAGUGCUAUAAAUGGGGAUCUUCAAGUUCAAAUUCCGGAUCUAUGUCAGCCUGAGGAUGAUUCCAUUGUUGGAGUGCAUUUGUUGCAAAAGCAUAAAUCAGGCUCAUCAUCUAGGUCAUGUGCACUGCUCGCCUCUACAACUAAAGGACACGUGAGAAUGGAAUCUGUGAAAUUAGGCAAAACUCCAGAAAAAUCUGUUCGUGACCCUUCUCCAACAGUGUGGAAUGUAUGUGGAUCUGGUAAUAUUUUAUGCUCAAAAGUGAGUGAAGAUGAAAAUCAUGCCUUGUUCGGAGGGAAGGGUGUUGAAGUUAACUUAUGGGAUCUUCACAAACACGAGAAGAUCUGGACUGCGAAAUCCCCCCCUAAAGACAACCUUGGAAUUUUCACACCAACUUGGUUUACAUGUGCAACCUUUUUGAGUAAAGACGAUCAUAGAAAAUUUGUUGCCGGGACCAACUCUCAUCAGGUUCGGCUCUAUGAUAUCUCUGCUCAGAGAAGGCCUGUGAUUUCAAUUGAUUUCAGAGAAACCGCCAUCAAGGCUGUUUCCGAAGAUAUUGAUGGAAACACAAUAUAUGUAGGAAAUGGCUCAGGCGACCUUGCUACCUUUGAUAUUCGUACAGGGAAACUUCUUGGAUGCUUCAUCGGGAAAUGUGCCGGAAGUAUAAGAGCCAUUGCUAGGCACCCUGAGCUACCUGUGAUUGCGUCCUGUGGGCUCGAUAGCUACUUGCGAAUUUGGGACGUGCAGACACGACAGCUUCUCUCAGCGGUUUACUUAAAACAACAUCUCACAAGUGUUGUCUUCGAUUCCCAUUUUCGUAGCGAAGCUCCUGCACCACAAGUCGAAACUGCAGCAGAAGAAGAUAAAGCAGAAGCAACACCAGUGAAACGGAAGAAGGAGCAUCGCGGAACUAGGAAGGCGAAAUCGAAGAGUAGCAAGAGGUCGAAAUGCGAAGAGGAUUGAGAUGUUUCUGACAUUCCAUCAAGGAGAAGUUUUGACACCAUAUUUUGAUGUUGUAGUAAAUUUUUGGUAUUGUUAUGCAUUUCCCUUUAUUUGUAUAAGUCUUCUCUAGGGAGCUGAUAUUAGUAAAUUCAGACCUUUUUUUUAUGAGAAAUUUGUGUAUUUAUAAAACAAUUUCAGUCACAUCUCUAAAAA